GUUUCUUGCUGGAUACCUGGAAUCCUAAGAAGCGCUAACUACCUAAUUGUAAGGCAAGACACAAAUACCCGCAACAAUGCCUGCAAUUACCCCAGUGGAUCCGAUGAGCUUUGCUCAGGCCAUGGAGCUGGAAAAGGUGUUUUCCGGGAAUGAAAUUUACCUAAGUAAAUAUCCAGCACUAUCCUUCGAUUACCAGCCAGGGCAACCAUUAAGUGCACAUCGAUCAUACGGAGGACACACCUAUGCACAAUCUAUCUGGGCGGCGAGCUUAUCACUCAAAGAUUCCGGUCUUCAAAUCCACGAGGCAAACGGGUAUUGGACCCAGGCAGGUCAUGCAAAUCGUCCAUUUGUUUAUACUGUUGCAACAUUAUCACAAACACGAUCCUUUGUUCUGCGACAGGUGACGGCUUGCCAACCCACCACACCCUCUGAGGACUGCCCAUUUCCUACGUCCGACACUUUAAAGCCACUAGGCCCGGUGGCAUUUGUCCUGACUUGCUCCUUCAAGCGCAGGGAACACGGCCCAGAAUAUGGGCUGAGCCUGAACUUCGAACGAUAUGGCAAUGUGUUACGCAAAGAUCCCACCACACAUCCCUCGAGUGUGUACGUGCCAGGACCGAACGGGAUCGGACGGAUUAAAUUGGCAGAUUUCCCUGGGAUUGAUAUCCGAGCACCUGAUUUGACAAAUUACAACAGCCACAACGCAGGCACAGAGCACCGACGGCUCCAUGUGUAUCGAGCUUCUAGCCCCAUUGGUGUAGACACCAAUCUCCGUGCUGCCCUGCAUGCAUAUGUUUCUGAUCGUGCGAGUCUGGCUGUACUGGUUCAUGCCUUCGGUGCAAAGGAGCUGGGGGUAGCGGGCAGUCUCAACCACAAAAUGGUUUUUCAUGUAAAUGCGGAGGAUUUGGCUUUCACUGACAAAACCUGGUUCACUCAAGAGAUGUCUAGUAGUCGUGGGGGAGAGGGCCGCGGAGUUGUGGAGAGUCGGAUCUGGAGUCCUUCUGGGAGGUUGGUGGUAUCAACCAUGCAGGAUGCGAUGUUUCGAGAAACUCUUCCUUCUAAGCUAUCAUAG